AAUCAGUAUCAAAUUGAAAUUUGUGCAGAUCAGAUGUCAUAACGAAUUCUACAAGCUGUAUUUCACAAAACAAUCGCCUAAUAAUUAAAACUAUUCCACUUGAAUCCAUCACUAAUAAUUUGGAAUUUCUCCAAUUUUAAGGGCAACCAAUUGAAAUACUGGUGUGAGUUCGUUUAUCGAGUAAAAUGACUGAUGCAAAAGACGAAAUUGGAAAGAAUGCAGAAAAUUGUGCUGCGAGAGAGGUGCAAAACCAAUUAACAGCUACAGAUGUCAAUCAAGUAGCAGUAGUCGGUUCAUCGAUCAAUCCAUCACCAAUUCAAAAACUGGAGAUCGAUUGCCUUGAGGAACUGUUUGAAUGGCUUUCGAUAGCCAAUUUGCGUGUGCUUCGUCAAACGUGUAAACGCCUAAAAGGAGUUGUCGACUACUUUAUCAAGUCCAACUAUCCCUCCGUACAAUUUGGUUUUGGUCCAAUAAAAUUGUACACCGAAAAAAUCUAUAAGCUUCGUGAACUUGAUUCGGCCAGUCGUAAACUGAUAAAACAAAUUACGCUUUGGACAGAAGAACCAGAUGAAAUAAGUUCCAUUCGUGAUAUUUUGCCACAGCUUGAGCGAUUUGAAAUUGGAAAUUCAUGCCAAUUUCAUGGCGAUUUCUACAAGUCUGUCCUAAAAUGGUGUACAAAUCUAAAAAAUCUUUCAAUUCGUGAUAUCGCGGUGGAUAAAGUGAUUGGUGAUGAAAACGAUUGGUUACACAGUGAAUAUCCAUUGAUCAAACACAUUGAACUGGACGACUCCGACAUUGGCGGACCCGGUAAUGCGUGGGAAAUUCCAGAGCUAAAAAUAUUCUUCGAGAAAAAUCCACAAAUUCAAUCAUUUUCAACGACAUUUCAUUUUUUGUGGGAAAACCGUGAGUGUUAUUUAGACUCAAACAUAAAACUCGAUCAGCUCAAUAUUCAAGGCGACUGUUACUUGGAACACGGAAUGGAUCGCAUUUGUGGUUUGCUUAAUACACUCUAUGAACAAGGAUUUUACCGACGCGUACACAUGCAUGCCUCAUUCAUUUACGAACAAGAGGAUUGGGACCAAAUACUUUCGGUGCGUGGAAUGGAAAAAUUGUAUUUGGUCUCUGUGGGAAUAGAUAUUAAAUUUCCACCAAUGAGUAAUUUACGAGAAUUUGGCACCAAAUUUGGUAGCCAAUUGGGCGAUUAUGAAACCAUUGCAAAGAAUCUAGUGAACGUUGAACGCAUCUAUUUCUAUCAAAUGAAGUCUGAUACUUUUAUACCAUUUAUGCGAUUUGCACCGAGAGUUGAGGAAAUAAAAAUUGAUAACUUAUGCGAAGGGAUUUAUUUCAAUGAUGGCAUUAUCAAUCUAACGGCGUUGAAUGAAGAAAGAAAGACCUUGAAUCGUGCCCGCAAAAUUACAAUUUAUGUGAAGGAAAAUGUUUUCUUGGCGACUAAAUGGGCAACGAAAAGCACUGAAUUGGAUUUGAUCACAUUGAAACGGAUCGAAGCAACGAGUUCAAUAUUUUAAUAAUAAUUUUUUUCCCACCUACAGUUUUCAAAGAGAAUAAAUAAAGAAUCGCAUUUUAUAUUUUGGAGAAAUUU